AUGAAACCGCGGUCCAACUCUCACAUGAAGCAAGACCCACAGGUAGAAAGUUUUACCAACACAGAUACUUAUAGUAGAAGCAACACUCCCUUGGCUGCUAGACCACCAAUACAUCGAAGGAUCGAAUCACAGAAUGAUAGUGAAUCCCUGCCUGACGGGCCCUCGAGUGGUGGUGUGAACUUUCACGAACGAAAUCAUGCGAAUCGAUACCCAAGACAUCCAAUAUCAAAUGCAGGACACAGGGACAGCAACGGGUCUCCCCAGCAAAAGCCAGUUUCUGGAACAAUUGAGAACAAUGAACGCCUUUACCGUCCGCGACACUCAAACAGGCUAGAAAAUGAAUAUGAGAAGAUGCGCACAGAGAUGCAGAACGGCGAGGGACAUCAAUUCUCUACCCAGAGCAUAAAUAUUUCUCAGAUCAUUCUCGAAUCUCGAGACCUCCCAAACUUUUACACCUCCAGCUGGCUCUAUACGCCCGCCUAUGAGCGAAUCCAAUCUCAAAUCACCCGCCCAGGGUUCGACUCUGCCAGGCAGCUUGAAGGAGAGCCACUCUGGAAGAUGGAGAAACCAGAUAGGGAGGGAGCCCUGGAAAGGAUCAGGGAGAUAGAGUCCGGGCCACCCAAGGACAUCGAUCUCAAGGGCGUGCCGCGUAAGAAAUGGAAGAAUAUAUUUCAUUUCGAGGAGAGGGAGUAUCAAGGGAUUGAUCUUAGUAAGAUGCGCAAGGUGUAUCGCCCGGCUUUGUUGCAUCUUUAUAAGAACUGGCGGCCUUACACGGAGAGUCGAAAGGCGCCGAGCCAUGACUUGAAAGGUUAUAUACGAUCUAAUCGAGGUGUGGAUAGCGAACAGCCGCUUGAAAUAAAGAGAGGUCGCGUACCCAGAAAUCUUGAGGCGAAAUUACGUCGAUCGUUGGGGAGGAAUUUGUCCUUGCUAGCAGCAGAUGAAACCCAGUCUCCUCAUGGGGAGGAGCAAACAGACAUGGAGACUGGAGUCGCAGAUACUGAACGGGUAGAUCGUGGAACUGCAGAGACUGAGCUGGCAGAAACCGACAAUGCAGAGACUGAAAAUGCAGGGGCUGAGUUUGCAGAGGCUGAAGUAGCAGAGACUGCAGAGACAGAUAAUGCCCAGGUAGACACAGAGCUUUCAGAGUCGAACAACUAUAUCCUAGUAGCGAAUCCAGAAACGGGAAUUUUGCGCAAGGACGGCAGUGGAAGGCCUAGAGGGGAGCAGUAA